UGACCACAGCCGGUUUUUCAGCGGAAUAGCAAAGCAAUAAUACAACAACAAGUAGGAGGAUAGAAUUACAUAAAAGCAACAACUAGAGCGAAACAACAAAUACAUAGUCAAUAUUGGGUACGUGAAUCGGUGCAAGUUGAAAAACAUUACACGGAAACGGGAAACAGGCAGCUACAACAAACCGACCAAAAAGCGCUGAAAAUUUCAUUAUUUCAUUAUUUAGUUUUGUUGAAAAUGGUUGACACAAGCAGGAGGGGGACCGCACCCGCCGGACGCACCACUUCGAUGCACAGACUGCUGUUGUGGGCUGGCUUGCUGUUGGCCAUGUUUACUUCGAUCGAGACGAGCGAAGCUGGUGCCAUACCUAGCAGCUACGACAGGAAGCAGAGCACGGAUAACACCGAUGCAGAGGUACCAAGCAACCAAAUAUUAGGACACACGCGUGACUGGCGGCUAAUCACGCGCGCCGAAUGGGCCGCACGCGCCCCCAACAAGGUUGUUCAUUUCAGCGGACCCGCGCCAUACGUUAUCCUGCAUCACUCCUAUCAGCCGGGCGUUUGCCGGACGGAAGACGCCUGCAAAGCAGCGAUGCGUUCCAUGCAGAACUUCCAUAUGGACAAGCAAGGCUGGUCGGACAUUGGGUACAGCUUCGCCGUUGGCGGCGAUGGCAAUGUGUACGAGGGUCGCGGUUACGAGGUGGUCGGUGCGCACGCACCAAACUACAAUAGCCGCAGCAUUGGUCUGCUCUUAAUUGGUAAUUUCAUGGAGGAACAGCCGCCAGCGCCAAUGCAACAAGUCGCACAGGACUUUAUUAAAUACUCGGUGGAGGCUGGUCAUUUGCGUGAGGAUUACAUUUUGCAUGGCCAUCGGCAGGUGCGCAACACUUUAUGUCCGGGUGAUGCACUCUAUGCGGCUGUGAAGCAGUGGCCGCAUUGGGAGCAGGCAAAGUGAACGAUUAAGGGAGGGUUUAGUUUUUUCAUUAGUAUUUAAAAUUUUUUUGUUGUAGCUUAUUUCUAUUAAAUUAUUCGAGAAGUAUUUAUUGUUCAAACAUAUUUGUGUGUACAUUUGUAUGUAAGUACUUGUAUUUGUGCCAAAAAAAAACCAAACAGCAAAUGUAUGGUUCCCGCAAUUUCUAAAGCAAAUUUUGAGUCGAUUGUGUAUUGUUAUCUUUAUAUUGUUAUCAUCGUUAUUUAUAUUCUUGUACCAGGGCUUAAUGAAGUCGUACAGCUUUUGGAGUGGUCUGCUUGAAUGAUAAGAAGGUUAAGUACUAGAAUUGAAAUCAAAGGGGGAGUCCCGGCAAUAGACUGAAUAAUACUACUCGACUAUAAAUUAUGAGUGGCAUUUAAAGUACGUAAAAAUUUAAUAAUAGAAUGCAUGCCCUCAUGCAUGUCAUAUGAAUACCCAGUAGUAAAUUCGUCUAGCCCAAGAGUUAGGUAUGUACUUCUUAAAAAAUGAUUUUCACUUAGUACUCUAGCAUGGUGCGCUAUUUUUACGAAAUCUAAAUACUAAUUUCCAGAUAUGCUUAUACCUUAUUUUGAAAUCGCCAAGAUGGACAACUAAUGGGCCAAUGGUGUCCCUGCCAGUCUGAGGGCAUUCGCGAGCUAAAUUAAUAGGCAGAAACAUUCAUUAUG